AUGUUAUUUCAUGGAGGAUAUUCUGUUCAUGAAAUUGUAUCAUUAAUGAAAUCAAUUGAUCAAGAAGUAAAAAUUCCUAUAGAUGUGAUUCUUGAAGUGAUUUUGUCAUUAAUUAUUUUUUGUAUUGAAAGAGUAUUUUUUGCAGAAAAAUUACAACCAAUCAGUUAUUCCAAAUAUAUAAAUGCAAAAAAAGAAUCAGGAGAUCUUAUACAUAGCAUUUUAGAUCAUAGACCCGGGUUUAUAGAUAUUCGUCAAAAAAGAAGAAAAUAUAAAUCAUUAAAGGAAAAACAAUCGUAAGAAAAACAAGAUUUAUAGAUGUAUGUUUUUCU